AUUCAUCAACCAACUUCUAAAGUAUUUGGAUACACCAAAACCAAAUCAAACACAGAAAUAGAAAUUAAAAAUUCAAAUUCAAUAAACUCCCAACAUUCAACAAAAAUAGUUAAACCCACUCAAUUAGCUGGCAAAUAACCAACUCCGGAAAUCUCCAUUUUCGCAUGUGCCUCAGUGCCUGUCAAUCAACAACUUUUAUUGGUGGGCAUUGCAUUUUUUCCAAUUGAAUUUGUUUUUGUUUUGCCUCCUUUGUAACUUGGUGAUAUUUUCUCUUCUCAACGUCAUCAGAAUUCUUUGCAUUCUAGGUUUUUUUUUAAUAAGCUACUCUUCAUUUGUCCAGCUGUUAGCAAAAGUCUUAUCCAAAAUAAUUUGCAAAAAAAAUGUCGUCCAACUUUAAAUACACAAUGCUGAAGACAGUCAAGCCCUACAUCAAGUAUGUGCCCCAACUAUCCAAGCCAGUAUUACGUGUUCUCAUCCAAGUGUCUGUGCAUUACAUUGAAAGCCGCAAAUGUUCACCAGAAGUCUUGGAUCUGGCUUUAACCAAAUUAACUCAUUCCGGUUGUGAAAUUCCCGAGAACUUUUGCGAAUUGUUUGCAGCGAUUUUACAGAUAAUGCAAAUCUUUUUAAGGACACCCAAGGGCAGUGUCAAGGACGAUGAACUGCGCCAAUGUUUAAGAGAGUUGAAAUUUACAGAAGAAUGUAUUGAUGACAUUAGCAAGGUCUUGCACAAUCAUAGGGACUCGCUGACAAAGAAUUUUUACGAGGUCAAAUGCCUUAGAUCGCCUCCGAAGAGAUUGCAAUGGCGGAUUAAUAUCUCACUUGGAGAUUGUGGCAUAAUCCAACUCUCCCAACCAACAAUCAUAAUCCACUUUCAAACUCCAAAUGGCGAAUAUCGAACUUUGGAAUUUCCGGUUGCGAUGUUUCAUCGAUUGCGUUACAACAUUGCCCUGCUGCUCAAAGAAAUGCAAUCCCUUGAGAACCGUGCUUUAAUGAAGAAGUACACCACGUAAAUUCUCUGCAAAAUACAAUCUAUCAUCUAAAUAUUGCAAGAAUAUACUUGCUGCUAUAAUCUUUUUAUUCCUAUUUCUGUAACCUGUUCCCAAAAAAACAAAAGAAAAACAAAAAAUAUAAAAGUGUGCUGCGUUCGAUGUUAUUCUGCAAUUGGUCGACGUGUCGCUUCUGUAAUCCACUGUACUAUUGUCUAACUUCGACUACAAUAAGAUAUUUAAUGUAUUAUUAUUGUUGAAUUGUUUAAUUCUAUGUAUUUGAGUAGUAAGGCUGUAUUAUGUAGUGUUAGCUAUAUUAAUGUUCGAUGUGCCAGUCAAAAUAAAACAAAGUUUGAGAUAUAAAAAAAAGACAUACAUAUAUACACGUAAUAAUUAUAAAAUUAUACAAAAAAAAAUAAAAAACAAUGUAUUUGCCU